CUGAUUAAAAGACGAUGAAGCUCGUUUUUCCGUGCCGCCAUAUUGAUAACAUAUGUGUCAAACUCGUUUUGAAAAAUAUAAUAAUAACAAUAACAAAACACGUAAAUUAAACUUAAAAAAAGUAAAAUAAUGGUGAAGUGUAGUGCGUACCGAUGUGACAGUGUUACGUCUAAGAAAAUACCUGGAAUAACUUUUCAUCGGUUUCCAAAAGAUGAGAAAUUAAAGAAAGCCUGGGUGGAUAAUAUGCAGCUCCAAUUCCAACCCCAACCUACUUCUGUACUCUGUUCAAAGCAUUUCGAGGAACACUUUAUAGAUCCCAGUGUCUUCCGAACAAGACUACGUCCGGGAUCAAUUCCUACAUUGUUUGAAGAGUUGCCUAUGGAUUUGCCUAAUAAGAAUAGUGCCAUUAACUGCAAAAAUACCAUGCGAGUAAAGCAAACUGCGAAUGGGAACAAUGUUUCUGUACAAAAAGAAGUACAACAUAAAAUAACAAUAGUAUCUGUAUCUAAUAUAUUAGCUGAAAAAGAAAAUUUCCUGGGUCCUACAAAUGAUACUACUACACUGCCUCCAGUUAUACCGAAAACAGAACCAAUACUGCCUAAAACAGAUCCAAUACAGCCUACAACAGAUCCAAUACUGCCUAAAACAGAACCAAUAUCGCCUACAACAGAUCCAAUACAGCCUUCAACAGAACCAAUACUACCUAAAAUAGAAACAAUACUGCCUUCAACACAUCCAAUAGUGCUUAAAACAUAUUCAAUACUACCUACAACAGAUCCAAUACUGCCUACAACAUAUCCAAUACAGCCUAUAACAGAUCCAAUACUGCAUAGAACACAUCCUAUACUGCCAGCCAAACAUGUUUGCACUUCAAUGCAAAGAUUAAAAAAAAAAUUAAUUAUUAAAAAUAAAAAAAUUAAAACACUACAACAACAAAGUAGAAGAUUAAAAAAAAAGGUCGCACAAUUUUCGGAUAUAAUUGAAGAAUUAAAGAAAAAAAUAAAUUCAGAUGACGUUUAUAUUAUAGUUCCUAACAAUUAA